GAAAUAUAUGAAGAUUUGGGGAUGAAAAUGAAUCUAAUGAUAGAUGUGUGCCUUAUACAGUUCUUAGUUCAUUGAUUCAACUGCAACAGUCCCUCAACAUUAAACAUUCCAAUAAGAGGAACCAAAAAUCUCAUUUCAUCAGCUCCACACCUAGGGUUUCCCCAUAAAUUUCAAAUCGUUGGUGGCACUCUGAAUUAAUGAUCGACGGCGGCGGUUUGGAAUCGGAUUCCGCGUCAAAACCUAUGUCCACGUGCGAAUCACACGGCGACCGUCUGCGGUUCACGGUGGAGCUGCGGCCGGGAGAAACGACAAUCGUUUCGUGGAGGAAGCUUCUUAAGGAGAUGACUUCCAGCAAUCCUAAUGCCAAUAGACCGAAAGCUGCUGGCUCGUCGUCGCCGGCCAAUCAGCAGCCUCAUCCCCCGUCUCCGCCACCUGCAUUGGCGUCUUCCGAGCAGCCGGUGGAGAACGAAGACAGGGAUUCUCUAGGUCAGGCUGAGACGAACCGUCUGAGCACUGUGAUUGAGAAAAAUGAGCCAAUGUAUGCGGGCGAUGGAACUAGUGAAGACGAAGAAGUUUUGCCAGAUGAUGAUGAGUAUGAUACUGAGGAUUCCUUUAUUGAUGAUGCUGAGCUGGAUGAUUAUACCCAGGUUGAUAACUCAUCAAUAAAAAAUGACGGGUUUUUUGUUAACCAUGGGAAGUUGGAGUGCAUUGAAUCUACAACAACUGAUAAACAACAGCCGAGGAAAAGGAGACGUGAAGAUGUGACAAAAACUCAAGGUGGGAAUGAAGAUGGACAUAGCCCAAAUAAACACAUCAAAAUAGGAAAUAAAGAAAGAAAAUCACCAUCCUCAGUUAAAAGAAAUACAACUAGUCAGUUCAACUUGCAUAGUACGAAUGUGCUAGAGGCUUCCCAAGCAAAUGCAACUGAAGCUUCAUUGAAGAAGAAAAAUGCAGAUAACCCGACUGCGAUAAAUCCUGCAGCAUCAUUAGAGCACAAGGAUGCAAAACAUCAAAUGACUGGGUUCAUCUCAUCACAUAAUCGCAAUACGAAACCGAAGGACAGUAGUGAACUUCAAGAUGCUUCAACGCAGAAGCCAAAUAGUUCAUCUGUAAGCAAACCUCAGUAUGGCAAACUAAAUAAUGCCAAGGAGCUGGACAAAUCUAUCCAAAAAAAGGAUCAAAGUGGCUCUGUUGGAAGAUUUGACCUUAAUAUUACUCCGAGCAGAGACUUGCCACAAAUAGCAAAUGUUCCCCACGCUCCAAGAAAAGAAGCAUCUAAUUUUAGACCAAAAAUUACGGUGCUUGAAAAAGCCAUUAGAGAGUUACAGAAGAUAGUUGCAGAAUUAAGACCACCUUCAACAGAGGUACAUGAUCCCGAUAAUUCUUCUCAAGCAAUCAAAAGGAGAUUAUCACCUGAAAUAAAGCAGAAGCUGUCUAAAGUUGCUAGAUUAGCGCAAGGUAGCUAUGGAAAAAUACCAAAGGAUGUAAUCAAUCGUCUGAUGAGCAUCUUAGGCCACUUGAUGAAACUUAACACACUGCAGAAAAAUCUUAGAGCAAUGGCCAAUUUAGGGUUGUCAGCUAGACAAGAGAAGGACAAUCGACUGAAGAAGACAAAACAUGAAGUUGUUGAGAUGGUUAGGCAGCGAGUGCAAUAUAUGAUAUCCACAGUUCUGCGAGAAACUGGUGCAGAUGAUUUCCAAGAAAUUGGUCAUGAAGAAAAAGAAACCUUGAAAAGAAUAUACAGCAUGGACAAAGCACUGGAGAAUAAGAUUUGUGACUUGUAUGACCUUUAUAUUGUGAGAAUUGGAGAAGAUCCAGAACCCCCUGCGAGAAGACUUUUUGAAGAGCUUGCAGCAUUAUGGCCUGGUGGAGUCAUGGACACUGAUGGAAUUAAAUGCGCAAUAUAUAAAGUAAAAGGAAGGAGAGCAUUAAUAAGGCGACAGAGGGAAAAAGCAAAUUUUAAGAGGAAGAAGUUGGGACAAAAAAUGGAGGAUACUAUCGAAAAGGAAGCUAGUAUCGUUGCUCCUGCAUUGCAUGUUCCUGAGAAAAUUUUGUCCGCCUCCUGUGACAAUGCUUCAUCAUUGAUGGCUAAGCUGGUCCAGAGUGCUGCUGUAUCUCGACCUAAACCCUAUGUAACAUUACCCGUUGCAAGUACCCCUAGUGUAAACAAACCAAAGCGAGAAAGAGUGAAGGCUAGCAAUCCCAAUGAUGCCAUGCCAGUGGAAGUACUACCAAAAAAGAAAGUGAAAAAGAAGCAAAAUCCAGGUGCGGCUGAAGCUCAGCUCCACCUUGAGAAGGCUCCCGAGGCAGAGGAAAAGCACAAACCAAAGCAAGAAAGAGUGAAGGCUAGCAAUUCCAAUGAUGCCAUGCCAGUGGAAGUACUACCAAAAAAGAAAGUGAAAAAGAAGCAAAAUCUUGGUGCGGCUGAAGCUUAGCUCCACCUUGAGAAGGCUCCCGAGGCAGAGGAAUAGCACAAACACCGUAAACCCAUUGCUGUUCCUCCUAAGUCCAACCUUAAGUCAGGUGCACAGUCAGAUGCCUCACAUACACAGUUUUGAAUCACAGAUACAUGUCUUGUUGUAGGUUAUUGAAGAGUAGUUUUAUAAUUAUUUUUUGUUGAAGCUGAUUCACCAUGACUAGAUUAAUUACAUCCACUUUGUGGUCUUUUGAUCCAACAUGAGCUUACUGUAUAUACUAUAUACCAUCUUCAGUUUAAUUUACUUUUCAAUAGAAAUUUAUGCA